UCUGCUUGACGUUAUAGAUUCCGAGGCAACAAAAUAGGUUACCGGGAACUGGAGUUAAAGGUGGAGUACCGAAGUUUGAGGCAUACCCUCGAAAUUUAUCAAUCGAUCCUUGGACUUUUUCAUUCCGACAACGCUUUAUGAAUGGGACAUAGAUGAAUAUUUAAAAUGCUAAUUGCUCUCUUCCAAAGUGCAAUCGUCAUGUGGGGAUGCUGUCAUAGUUUGGAUAAAUUUUCUCAAACGUGCGAGCUUUCUCGAGUCCGGCCUUCAAGCCUGGAUAUUUGGCUUGAAUGAAUAACAAUCGCAUCGAAUGCUUAAGGCCUGCCUUGUUUGGAAUAGGUUUAAAGUCGGCCUACAGUUUCCAAGAGUAUUCGGGCCUGCGGUCCUCAAACCUGGUUAUUGGGCUUGAGUGAAUAACAAUCGCAUCGAUGUAGUUGUUAUAAGAAAUGGAUUGUUGAAAGCUAUCUGUUGAGAAGUAUAAUUACGUGACCUAUUAAUACCGAUUUAUUGGGCCUGUAGUACACUAUCACGUUUUAAGCUUGGAGGACGACUGGCCUAGCACAAAAGACACAUAGGAAGAAUGGCUAAUUGGGCUGUUUUCAGCAACGCCAAGAACACGAAAUCGGCUUCAAAUUGACUAGCAACUGCGGACUAAUGGAAAAUAUAUGCACAUUUGAAUGGAAGUUAACACGUCGUCUUUUACCGAUAUCUCGAGUUUCUUUUCUUUGCCUUCCAACACCCAUUUGUAUUGUACAAUCCCGUCAAUGGUCUCUGAUUUUGGAGGACACCCGAUCGAAUGUAUUAGGCUUUGCAAGUCGAAGUUGUUCGAAGUGGAGAGCUUGAAAUUUCUUGAAAGUGAAGAAGCAAGGAGUUCCUGUAAAAAUAUUACAUGACGGUGUUGGCUCACUGAAUACUAAAAAUUACCUGCGCCAAGAAGAGCACAUCUCCAACUGGAAUAGUCUCCACGUAAGCUGUCCCUUUCAAAAAAUGAAUCAAUUUUCGGAUGGACACAGAUGCAUUCGCUCCUUUAACGACCAACUCAGUGGCAUGGUUCCAGUGAGGGGUAUCUCUUAUUUGAUUUAGCGCGAGGGCCUGAUUCCCAUUGUUAACAUCACCAACAGUCGCGAAGAUCGUAAGUUUUCUCAAUUUCUUCGCAUCAAGGCAAUCCAGAAGCUGAAUAAACUCCAGCUCACUGCUCCCUUUCAGCUCCAAGUGGGCCAUAGAAAUCUUGUUCCUAAACGAGCCCAGGAAAAUUCCAAGAUUUUGCAUUUUCUCCAAGGUGUAUCUCUCGAAAUCACAAUGGAACGUUUCAAAGCUAGGUUUUCGGUUGCUGAAGUUGUGCAGAGAUUCUUGACGGUUCAGCCAUUCCUUCAAUAGGGCCAUGUCGGUGCAUGGCCUGGAAAUUUCUUCACCAUUGCAGAACAUGUGAACUAUAGCCGAAUUUUCAUCAAAAUGAACAUCCAUUCUAAUUGACCAGCAAUGCAAUCGGUCACCAUCAAGGUAGAUUCGUAGCCCCGUUGAGACGUCUCGGAGUGCCAGUCUGCAAUCCAAAAAAAAUGGGAUGCAAAACUUGCAUAAUUGAUUAGAAUUGUUGAAAAAAAAUUCUUCAUGUAAUUGUUAUGGCUGGAGACGCUUUUUGAAUUACUCCUUGAUAAAACUUACACUGAGCUAAACGGGAGACUUUCCAAAAUGUGUUCAAUCACUGGUUGGUGUCCAGUUAAUUUUACCAGGUCAAAGGUUGGGAUUGAAGAUGGAUGGGUCUGUAAAAGAUAGUUUUAAAAAUUGAUAAGAAGUGAUGAUUUAGUCGAUAAUUACGUGGAAGACCUACAGUAUGGUAGAAUCCCAAUGUCUCAAUAUUUCAGUCUAAAAAAUGCGAUUAUUUAAACAAAAUUCACCUCUUGCAGCAUCUGAGCUGACGAAACCCGAGAAAAUGUGAAUGUCGAGAUGUUUUCCAAAAAACCAUGCGCCAUGCUGAUGUAAACGUUUUGAUCCUGGCUGGGGAAAAACCAUGUUUGGAUGGACCGAUUGGCAUACACCGGAGCUCCGAAUCCCAACAGUUCACAGGCCUGAUUUCCAUCGAAGGAGCCUUUAAGUACAAGCUUGCCAAACGAAGAUCGAACGCAGUGCUACAAAAUCAGAACUAUUCAUGCCAGAUGUGUACUUCUUCAAGAGCAUCGCGAUUGAGCAUGGCAACAAGCAAGACCACAUGAUCCUGAGACUGUUUUGAUGGGAUCGAAACGACGAACUCGUUAACUUUGAAGGCAGUCACCGCUUGUCCCAUCGAUGAUGCUCAAGCAUGAAAGGGUAUUCACGGAUGUUAGGAAUGGCAUCAAAUGUUUCUCUGACAGAUUGAAAAAGUCUCCGUUCGCAAUCAACUCUUUUUUCUCAUUCAUUCCAAAAAUGCAAUCUUUUCCACUUUUUUGAAGAAAACAUCUCCUAAAUAUCGAAAAAAACCGUGAGAAUCGUGCCGAUUCCUGAUGCUCUUCUCAUAAACGCUCCGUAAAUCGACACAAGGUGGCUCUUCCCGCGCCAACACGGGUUCCCGAGUUCUGUAACUGUCUACACUCUCUCUGGAAUUAUAUUUUAAGAAGCUUCGAGACGUUUUGGGAAGAGCCAGAGAAAAAAAGCAAUUAAUGACCGAUUCAAAUUUUCAAAUGAUAUCGAUUGCUGGCACUUUGAUUGGGAUUGUCUGAUAUAUUUUAUCAUGCUUAACAGUUUUCUGAAAUAAAAAAGAAUCGCU